AUGGCUGCUGAAGCUCCCCGUCUCCGUCUCGGUUCCGUCGCUCCUGACUUCCAGGCCGACACCACCAAAGGCCCCAUCUCCUUCCACGAGUUCAUCGGCGACAAGUGGGUCAUCCUCUUCUCCCACCCUGCUGACUACACCCCCGUCUGCACCACCGAGCUGGGUGAGAUGGCUCGCCUCGAGCCCGAGUUCUCCAAGCGCGGUGUCAAGCUCAUCGGUUUGUCCGCCAACGGCCUCGAGUCCCACGAGGGCUGGAUCAAGGACAUCAAUGAGGUCGGAAACACCUCCUUGAACUUCCCCAUCAUCGCCGAUGCCCAGCGCCAGGUCGCUCACCUCUACGACAUGGUUGACUACCAGGACCCCACCAACGUCGACGAGAAGAACAUUGCCUUCACCAUCCGUUCUGUCUUCAUCAUUGACCCCAAGAAGACCAUCCGUGUCAUCCUCCAGUACCCCGCCUCCACUGGCCGCAACUCUGCUGAGAUCCUCCGUUGCGUUGACUCUCUCCAGCUCGGUGACAAGAACAAGAUCACCACCCCCAUCAACUGGCAGCGUGGUGACGACGUCAUUGUCCACCCCUCCGUCUCCACUGAGGACGCCAAGUCCCAGUACCCCAACCUCAAGGUCAUCAGGCCUUACCUUCGUAUGACCGAGUUCGACUCCCUUGCCAACAAGGAGGUCGGCUUCUAA